GUUUGUCAAGCAUUUCAAACUGAAAUGAAAAAUGAAAACAUUGAAGAAAUGUGAAAAAUGAAGAUGAAAGGGAUCGGUUAUUCGUUUUAUGAGCACCAUGUAAAAGUGUUCAAUUAGCAGAUAGACUAAUAAAACGUCAAAAUGCCUUUUGUUAAUAUGAAAAAGGCUGCUCAGGCCUCAGGUAGCUCAAAAAGUUUUGCUGUGAAAGUUACAACAAUGGAUGCAGAACUUGAUUUCACAACUGUUGAGCACAAAGCUACAGGUAAAGAUUUAUUUGAAUUGGUGUGUAGAACAAUUGGAUUGAGAGAAACAUGGUACUUUGGUCUGCAGUAUGUUGACACAAAAGGAUAUAUAGCAUGGCUCAAAUUUGAUAAAAAGGUGUUAGACCAAGAUAUACCAAAAGAAUAUCCAGUACAGUUUUUAUUCCUGGCAAAAUUUUAUGCGGAAGAUGCUUCGGAGGAAUUGAUACAAGAGAUUACUCAACAUUUAUUUUUCCUCCAAGUUAAACAAUCAAUACUUAAUAUGGACAUAUAUUGUCCACCAGAGGCUUCUGUAUUGCUGGCAUCUUAUGCUGUACAAGCUAAGUAUGGUGAUUAUGAUCCAAGUUCAUAUAAACCUGGUAUCUUGGCAAGUGAAGAUCUGUUACCCCAGCGAGUGAUAGACCAGUAUCAUAUGACAGCUGAGAUGUGGGAGGAGAGAAUUAAAGAAUGGUAUGCUGAUCAUAGAGGCAUGUCGAGAGAUGAAGCUGAGAUGGAAUAUUUAAAGAUUGCUCAAGAUUUAGAAAUGUAUGGUGUUAAUUAUUUCCAAAUAAAAAAUAAACGUAAUACAGACUUGUGGUUGGGUGUUGAUGCAAGUGGAUUGAAUGUUUAUGAGCGUGAUAAUAAAUUAACCCCUAAAAUAACGUUCCCCUGGAGUGAAGUAAAGAAUAUAUCAUUUAAAGACAAAAAGUUUACAAUCAAACCAUUAGAUAAGAAAACUAGUGAUUUUGUAUUUACUGCUCCUAAGUUACGGAUCAAUAAACUUGUAUUAGAAUUGUGUGUAGGCAAUCAUGAAUUAUUCAUGAGGAGGAGGAGACCUGAUUCAAUGGAGAUACAACAGAUGAAGACUCAUGCAAGAGAAGAAAAAGUCAGGAGACAGCAAGACAGAGCCCGAUUAGCAAAAGAAAAGCAGUUGAAAGAAGAAGCUAUUAGAGAGAAAGAAGAUAUGGAAAGAAAGUACUUACUGUUACAAGAGGAAGUGAGGAAAGCCCAAGAAGAAUUGAAAAGAUCUCAGGAAACAACAGAAUUAUUGGCUGAAAAAGCUGAUCUGGCAGAAGCAGAGGCAAACCUGUUAAACCAGAAAACAUGUGAGACUGAGGCUGAAAUACAAAGAUUUAAAAUGUCUGCUGUUAAGACAGAGGAAGAGAGAAUGUUAAUGGAGUAUAGAGCCAGAGAGGCUGAAAUGAUUGCUACAAAGUUGUUAGAGGACUCAGAAAGGAGAGCUAAAGAAGCAGAACAAUUAAAGGUAGAUUUAUUACAGUCCAGGAUGGCAGAAAAAAUGGCUAAAGAGAGGCUGAUGGAAAUAACCAGGAGUAAUGUUUAUCAGCAAUACUGGACUGAAUUCCGUCUUCCAUUAUAUAAUACACAGGUUCAACCCUCAUAUCAACUGCCAGAAUUGACUUCAGAUAUAACAACAGAUCUUAAUGACGCCGAGCUCGGAGGAGAUUUGUUUGGAGUUGGUGAUAUGGAUCAACUCUCACUUGAAAUUGAGAAGGAAAGGGUGGAAUACAUGGAGAAAUCUAAACAUCUUCAAGACCAGCUACGAGAAUUGAAAACUGAAAUAGAAGUGCUAAAAGUAGAGGAAAAUGAAACAGAUUAUGAUAGAUUACACGAAGAUGGUAUACAGAGAGGAGAUAGUAAAUAUUCCACACUCAGACAGGCCAAAGCCAAUACAACCCAGUCUAGAGUAGCUUUCUUUGAACAGUUAUGAUAACCAUUAUAUAACUUAUCAGUAUUUGGUGCCAGAAAGUAUUUCUUUGUAUAAAAUGUGAUUCAUGGCUUUUAUCGAGUAAAAGUGCUGGAAAAAGUACUUUGAAAAAACAUUAUGAUAAUAAUCCACCAGAAUAUAUUUUAUAAUCUUAAAAUAUUUAAUGUGUGUCCCAAAUACCUCAAAAAGUUUUUUUUUUAGAAAAGCAAACUUUAAUCAUGUUAUUGCAUUUAAAUGGUAUAUACAAGUUUAAGGAAGCAAUAUCUUCAAAAUUCAUUAACUGCAGCAUGAACUUGUGUUGUGUUGUCAUUUAUGACCUGGAAAACAAGAAGAUUCACAACUUGUGAAAUGCAAAUUGUGUAUGAACAUAUUUUUAGACAGUUGUUUGACAAUGUGCUAUUAGAAUGUAUAAAUAUGUAUGGAGAAUGGUUAUAGUACAGUACACAUUUUUACACAAUUUUUGUUGAAAGUACACAGAAUUUUGUGGAAAAAUAUUGAAUAUGAAAGUCUGUAUACUUUAUUUUUUUUAAGUUCUUAUUUUCUAUUCUUUAUAUUCUAGCACCCCAUAAUUCUCUAUUCCUUAUUUUUAAGACUAUUUUUCAUUAUUUUGUGGCCAUUUUUUCUGUAGUGUAGGUUCAUUUUUCUCUAUUCUGUAAACCCCAACCAGACCCUUGACUAUGGGACACACAUUACAUGAAGUUUUCAUUUUUAUACUGAAAUGCUUAUAUUUUACAUUUUAUAAUGUUAUUGAUGUUGAUAUGUGAAAUCAAACUUGAAAAGUGUUGAAAUUUUGUGCUUACACUACCAAAAUAUGAAAUAAAGACAGUUUUUGUUUCAAAAGUAACUGAUAAAAGUAGAAACAGAUUUCAUUGAUAAAUUUGUUUUUAUAUUAUUUUUUAAAUUUUAGAGAAAAAUUGUAAUUAAUAGGUCAUUCAGUGUUCUAUCUAGGAUUUAAAAGAAGGGGGGCACAGUUUUAAGAUAUAAGGCCCAUUAGUGUGGGUUUUGUCAAAAAAGGGACACUUGAUCAUGUUUGUAUAUAAAAGAAAAUAAAAUAGUUUGCCAUGGUUUGGUGGGGUUUGUGUUGCCAUGACAUUGUCAGUUUGUUUUAGACCUGUGACUUUGAGUGUCCUUUGGUAACUUUUGUAUCUCUUUGAGUUGAUAAAUGUUUUUUAACUGGACUAAUGUAAAGAGCUUUUUUAAAAAUCAAACGAUUUUUUUCACAUUGAAAAAUAUUUAUUUCCGCCAGAAAACAAGAACACACAGGACAGGACUGUAAGGCAAAAAAAAUCAAAUUAAGGUUGUUUGAUGUUGCCUACCUACCCACCUAAA